CGCCCGGGGUGCCGGGUCGGCCGGUUCGAGGCGGGCGACGGGGCCGACAUGGAGGGCGAGUCGGUCAGCGGGGCGCAGCUCAUCGCCCAGGCCCUCAGGGCGCAAAAUAUUGAAUACAUGUUUGGCAUUGUUGGUAUUCCAGUCACUGAAAUUGCAGUUGCAGCCCAGGCGGUUGGAAUAAAAUAUGUGGGAAUGAGAAAUGAACAAGCUGCCUGUUAUGCUGCAUCUGCUGUUGGAUAUUUGACUGGCAGACCAGGAGUAUGCCUUGUAGUGUCCGGUCCAGGUGUUUUACACACCCUUGGUGGGAUGGCAAAUGCAACCAUUAACUGCUGGCCUUUGAUUGUGAUUGGAGGUUCUUCUGACAGAAAUCAGGAAACUAUGGGAGCUUUCCAAGAAUUCCCACAGGUUGAAGCUGGCAGGCUGUACAACAAACUCUCUGUCCGCCCAAGCAGCCUGGAAGUUAUUCCUGCUGUUAUUGAAAAGGCUGUAAGAACCAGUAUGUAUGGUCGUCCAGGUUCCUGCUAUAUUGACAUACCCGGGGAUUUUGUGAAUCUUCAGGUGAAUAAGAGCUCUGUCAAGUACAUGGAAUGCUGUCUGCCACCUCCCAUCAGCAUGGCUGACCACUCUGCUGUAUCCAAAGCAGCCUCUGUCAUUGCUCUUUCCAAGCAGCCUCUGCUCAUCAUUGGCAAAGGUGCUGCUUAUUCACAUGCUGAAAACAACAUCAGGAAGCUGGUGGACCUUUGUGGACUGCCUUUUUUGCCUACACCAAUGGCAAAAGGAGUAGUUCCUGAUAACCAUCCAAAUUGUGUAGCUGCAGCAAGAUCAACGGCAUUACAGCAUGCUGAUGUAAUCAUCUUGCUUGGUGCAAGGUUAAAUUGGAUUUUGCAUUUUGGUCUUCCACCAAGGUAUCGACAGGAUGUAAGGGUUAUUCAGAUUGAUAUUUGUGCAGAAGAGCUGGGGAAUAAUGUAAGGCCAACUGCAACUUUAUUAGGUGACCUAAACGCUGUGACUGAGCAGCUCUUAGAAGAAUUCAACAAAAGAUCAUGGAAAUACCCUUCUAAUUCAGAGUGGUGGCAGAAGCUAAGAGAGAAGAUAAAGAACAACAUGGAAAGAUCAAAGGGAUUAGCAUUACAGAAAUCUCUGCCUAUGAAUUAUUAUACAGUCUUUCAUCACAUCAGAGAACUGAUACCCAAGGACUGCAUUUUAGUAAGCGAGGGAGCAAACACCAUGGACAUUGGACGAACUAUGCUUCCAAAUUUCUAUCCCCGUCAAAGGCUUGAUGCAGGUACUUUUGGAACCAUGGGAGUGGGGCUGGGUUUUGCCAUAGCAGCUGCAAUGGUAGCCAGAGACCACACACCUGGAAGGCGAGUUGUCUGCAUAGAAGGGGAUAGUGCUUUCGGAUUUUCUGGAAUGGAGGUGGAGACUAUCUGCAGAUACAACUUGCCAAUCCUGAUUAUUGUAGUAAACAACAAUGGGAUUUACACUGGUUUGGAUGCAAAUUCCUGGGAGGAGAUGUUAAAGUUUGGUGACCCUGCUACAUGUGUACCUCCUGUUUCUCUCCUGCCAAAUGCACACUAUGAGAAAAUUAUGUCUGCCUUUGGAGGUAAAGGAUACUUUGUUAAAACACCAGAAGAAUUGCAGAAUGCUCUGAGAGCGAGUGUGACUGACAAGCAGACACCAUCUCUUAUAAAUGUAAUGAUUGAUCCGCAGUCUGAGAGAAAGAAACAGGAAUUUCCCUGGCUGACUCGUUCUAACCUGUAGUAGAAGAGGAAGAUGAUGAUGGUGCAAAGCAGCACGCUAAACAAAACUGAAUUGUUUUCUGGAAGUGGAAGUGAUACAACUGUAUUUUGCAUAGACUUUGGAACAAAGUGGGAUUUUAGAACUGCUGUUAAAAGAAUCUUUAAAUGCUGAAAUUAGGUAAUUGUAAAAUGAGAAAGACACAUACGAACGUAUACCAGGCCUUCAAGCAGAUUAUACACAAACACUGAUGAUAAAAUUAUAUGCUUUUUCUUUUACUCAGAGUAAUACCCAUUAUUUGUGAAUUUAAAUCUUGAACAUUCUUGAUGAGCAGAAUAAGGUGAGGUUUUUAUGCUGUCUGAAACAUAGAAGUGUUUGACAGUCUGCAGUUAUAGUAGCUUGAUUUUUAACCAAACACACCACCAUUCUACUUGUUAAAAACUUUGUCCUCUAAGGACCAAAGUAAGGCUUCUUCCUUUUCAAAAUAAUCGUGUUGUGAAUAAGUCCUGAUUGGCCUCAUUAUGCAUCAAAGCCUGUUGCAUUGGUAGUAGCUUCCUAAUUUUACAGAUUGAUUUUUCAGCUUCUUCUGAAUAUAGAAGUAGUUUAUUAAAAACACAGACUUACUCAAAGGCUAAGCUUCUGUCUACCAAAUUUGAUUUUAGUAACUGGAACUUAUGGUGUUGAUAGGAAAAGAAAAUCCUGGAUUUCUGUUUGAAGCUUAGCUCUUCACAGACACCACCAUGUCUGUAGGCUGAAAAUGUGGCCAUAUUUAUUAGUGGGAUUUACAGUAUUAAUAGAUUGUAAAUGUUUAUAUUCAGAAGCAUUUUAAAUAAAACAUUACCGCCACCAUCACCAAAGUGACACCAACAAAAAGACCACAAAAAAACCCAAAUGAAAAUAAAAUUUUAAAAAAUUCCUCACCAGAGCAACAACAAUAAAAACUAUUAGAUUGGAGCAUAAUGUUCAUUUUGGCUAGCAUCACAGAGCAACCACCAGUGUUUGUGCUAUGGCUAGCUAAUUGUACAUCAAAGUGUGACUGUAUAGAAAUCUAGAGUCCCAUCUGCAUUGUGAUGCACAGGUAACAUUUAAAGCAGAUAUUUGGCCUGCCUGGGGUUCUGUCUGCUGUGUUUUCAUUUGUUGCUGUAUCUGACAAUCAGACUGAGAGUUCAGGCUUUAAAAAUGAAGUAGCUCUUUGUCUAUGCUCAUGCCAUGACCUACAGCAGCUACUAUGCAGGGUACUCUAAACAGAUUACUUUGUAUUUACAUCUGUUGUUAAAGGCACAGGUUCUUGGUUGUUACAUGCACAAAAGGAAAUAUUCUGUCUCUAAUUAGGGUUUUGCUUGCUUUAUUUUCUAUUAUCCCAUUGUCAGUAAGUGUCAGUUACCCAGUGUAAGGCACUUGGUGACCUAAGGAGAGAAAGGACUGGGCUGGCAGGGGAUUGUGGCCUACAGUCGGGUUUGUUGCCAAAGGUUUGGUUUACUGGGUGUGGCACUUUAGUUUGGGUCUGGCCCAAGGCCAUGGGUUACUGUUGGGCAGAGGAGUGCAGGAAUGUCUCUUCACACUAGUACAGGGAGAUAACAUCUGAAAGAAAUCAUGUCUAAAAUAAUCUGAAAAGCAAAAGGAUAAAAUCCUAGAGUGGAUACAGCUCACAAAAAAAAAUAAGGCUGCUGAGUUGCUGUGUCCUCUAGAGUACUCUGCAAGGAAGGUGGAACAGUGUUGAAUCUUGAAUCUUGUUUCAUUCUUCUUAUACCACAAAUUAAUUUUGGUAUGUUUCAGGGAUUAAACACAAUCUGUUAUGAUGGUGUAAAAUAUCUCUAACAGUUAAUGCUGGAACUGACCACAGGGGAGAUAAUUUGUAUUGGAUAAGCAAAUGUAGAAAUUACUAGUUUAUACUUGAAAUUAAUAAAAAGUGAUUUUCAUGCUAUUUCUCCUUUAA